AAUCGACGAAUGUUCUAGCAACCCGUGCCAGAAUGGAGCCACGUGUCACGGCAACCAGAACGGUUACUCGUGCACAUGUGCUGAAGGCUGGCAAGGACAUAACUGUGAAACAGAUAUCGACAAAUGUUCGAGCAGCCCAUGCCAGAAUGGAGCCACGUGUCAGAACAACGAGGACAGUUACUCGUGCACAUGUGAUAGAGGCUGGCAAGGAACUAAUUGUGAAAGAGGUAUUACAUCGGCUUAACCAAGUGGAGAAUCUAAAAGCGUCUAAAGGUAGUAAAUCUAAAAAAAACAAAGCAUCGAAAAAGUCUAAAUAUAGUAAAUCUAAAACGAGCAGAGCACCAUCGUCUCAAAGCAGUUCUUCUUAA